UCUGAUCUGACGCUUCGUCAAGCCUUCACUCACAAUACGGAGUCACGUUGGGUGAAAUGAAACUGCCUCACCCGCAUAUCUACGGAUCAUCAUUUCAUUGGCUGGGAAGGUAUAUGAGAUAAUCAAGCGGGGGGUCGAUAAGUAUCGCCAUAGGUUCCAACUUGAAGCUUCAUGCUCUACUUGGAUCCCACAGACGCUCGCAUCGCACGGAUUUGAAAACAAUUUUACUUGCAGGGCGACACUUUCUGUCCAAAUCUCUCCUUCCUAUAGCCUACACUACACAAAAGCUCAGACGCGACAGAACAUAUCAACAGCGAAGAGAACAUCUUGUACCCCGCAUACUCAUGAGAGAUACCGAAGCCUCUACACCACAGAGAUUUUGUGCAUAAAAGUUGAGCCCAUCGCAGCUUUUCGACACUAGCCCACCGCGCCAGUAUGCCGUACAUCAUGGAAAUCUACAUCGACGGUGGCUGUAGAGGCAACGGUCGAUCUGGAGCUAUCGGUGCUGCCGCCGCCGUUUUCAAAAACAAAUUUGGGAAAUGCACCGGUUGGACAAGACCCUUACCCCAGUAUCCCCCACCCACAAACCAGCGGGCUGAAAUCACGGCCAUUAUUCUUGCGCUGGAGACAGCCCUGGAAAAGUUCGAAGCGCUGGACACACGUCCGCAUUUAGAUGUCAAGAUAUAUUCAGAUUCCAGAUAUGCAAUCGGGUGUAUGACAAACUGGAUCUACAAGUGGGCAAAUAACGGAUGGAGAAAUGCUGCCGGCAACGAAGUUGCGAAUCGGGAUCUGAUUGAACAGGCCUCUGAUCUUGACGAUAGAUUGAAAGAGGAAGGAUACGUGGAGUACAUCUGGAUUCCGAGGGAGAAGAAUCAGACGGCGGAUGAAAUGUGCAAUGAUGAGAUGGACGAACAAUGGAGAAAGGCUGAAACCUUAUCGGAUGACUCUGAUUACUAUUAUUGAAUUGAUUGCUAGCUGAGAGAGCAUUGCUUUCACUAUGGGAGGAUGAUAGGAUUAUGUCCGAACUGGUUGCUGGUCGCGUUUUACUUCAACGACAUUGGCACUACUGGAUUGUUGAUUUUCAGGUAUGAUCUGGUGGCCAUAAUAUUCACUGAAUAAUAGCCCGUGGCUUGGAAUCUACGAUUUCCCUGCUUUGUAAGAAAGAUAUUGAUGUAUACAGGCGAUAAAUCGAAGAUGAUAUGUACCAUCAAGGGAUACCCAUGCUUCAUAACAUCAAUCACGUUGAAACAAGAACAAUAAGCCAGGCGUUGACCAGCAGCGGCGGAGGAUGGUACUACAAGUCCUAAUAAUAGCCUAGACACAAACAUCGCUGAAGUGUCAUUUCAGAAGUGGAGGCGGAAUCUAUGGCAGCAUCUCCCCGCGUCGUACACGAUGAUGUGGCCCAUAUCGAUUCGAUCCCGGUCGAUAUAUCCCUGUUAAAUGCGCAUGACCCCGCGCGUUGAC